CUUCUCCAGAGAGGUUUAUCUCUCAUGUCCAAUGAUUCCUUCUGCAAGGCUGUUCGACUUAAACAGGCCACUAAGGAAGACCUACGACACCAGCUCAUGCAUACUACCUGGCGGCUCGAACGUAACAGGAGAGAAAAGUCUUUCCUGAAAUCUCUCAAGCGAGAGCAAGAAGGUGAAUUCAAGAUGGCGGAGACAGAAAUGGAGAUAUUCAGGGGCUUCAUCACCACCCGGGGGCUCCCGGCAUUGGAAGAUGAU